AUGCCUUCUAAAGCUUUUGGGUCAAAUUUGCAGGUUCCAGCCGACAAAAUAUUGGGUUUGGCAAAAUUUUUCCUUGGCAUUGGAAUUCCUAGCAAUGCCAAGGACUUGUAUAACCAGAUUGAUGCACUCGCCUGCUUGGAAAGCAAUAGGGUUUCCAUUCCGCUGAUUUUAUCACUUCCAGCUACUGUGCUGUCAUUGACAAGAAAUGAUAAUCUUAAGGUCAGGGUGAAUACUGUGCUGGGAUCUACUGCACCUCCUCUUUCUGUAAAACUCAUGCAAGUUUUCAGCUCCGGUUCAACGGAUGCUGCCAUCAUUGAUCAGGAACUCAAGUUUGACGCUGAAAAUGCUGUCCAUUUCUUGGAUACUUUGCCUGAGAGUAUCGAUGUUGGGAAUUAUGUUUUCGUGUUUGAGAUUGUGCUUCGUGAUCCAGAGCAUAAGAAAAUUUAUGCUACUGGUGGCCGGACAAGAGUACCAAUAUAUGUCACAGGAAUUAUCAAAGUUGGUAGUGCAGAGAUCGCAGUACUUGACAGUGAUCUUGGGAGCAUAGAAACUCAGAAAAAGCUAGAUUUACCCGGAGAAAAUGCUAUUGCUUUAUCAGCUAACCACCUGCAGAAGCUUCGUUUAUCCUUUCAAUUGACCACUCCUCUUGGGCAUGCUUUUAAGCCACACCAGGCAUUCCUUAAGCUGAGACAUGAGACCAAAAUUGAGCAUAUCUUUGUGGUGGGAAACUCUGGAAAGCAGUUUGAGAUAGUAUUAGAUUUUCUCAGACUGGUCGAGAAAUUUUUCUAUCUUUCUGGCAGAUAUGAAAUUGAACUUGCAUUGGGUGACACUGUCAUGGAAAAUUCUUUCUUAGAACAUCUGGGACAUGUUGAAUUAGAUCUGCCAGAACCAUCUGAGAAGGCAGCCCGUCCUCCUCUGCAGCCUGUUGAUCCUUACUUGAGAUAUGGGCCCAAAGCAGAGAUAGUACACAUCUUCAGGGUUCCAGAUAAGCGUCCUCCACAAGAGCUUUCUCUUGCGUUCUUAGGCUUUAUUCUCUUGCCUUUGAUUGGAUUCUUGUUUGGGGUGAGUGUUCAAAUCAUAAAAUCUCAUGUACUCUAAAGUUUACAGUUUCUGAAAAUCUGAUUACAAGGAUUAGAGAAAAAAGAGCAGAGCAUAUGCAUUUUGCCUGUUGAAUUGGCUGAAUCAAGCUGUUUUGCAGUUCCCUGAGUCUCUAAACUAUUACGUCUUGGUGUGAAUCUGAAGAACUUCCCUACA